AUGUGGAAAUUUCUGAAUGAAAGUAAACUAAAGCACGUGUCAAAACCAGAAGAGUUUCCGAUACUGCCUGUGGACAGGAAAGCAGAUUUCCAAAAACUGGAAGAACUUCUAUUGGAUGAGCCAAUGCACACUUAUUUGAAAAAUCGUCUAGCGUGUAUUGGGGGCCUUAACGUGAGAACCACAGUAAUGGGCAUGUUAAAAUUAAUAAAAAUCACCAAUAGAUUAGCGACGAAGUUUAACUGGGCAGGCCAGAAUAAGAAAGCCUUCAAAGCCACCAAGUUAAAAGAUGUCAUUUAUGAAGCCACUGAGCUUUGCUUUUCUUCUGGAAAUGGAAAACCUUCGGAUAUGAAUGAUAAGGUCAUUAAUCAAGCCAUGAAGGACUGGCUAAGAUUGGCGGCACAAAGAAAAACAAUAUAA